UUUUCUUAGUCCUGUCAGUCGGGUGGUCAGCUUCACGCGGACUGACCGUCAAAGAUAAGCUCUACUACUACCACUAUCUUCCACAUCAGGCAAUUCUAUACACAUUAGACAUUUACAUCCUCUUUCAAAUAUCUUGUUUUUCUCUCUCCAUUUUCUUCUUUGAGUUUGCUUUUCAUCUUUUCUCUUCAUCAAAAAAACCCACCUGAAAUAUAGUAUAAAAUCUUAUAAUAAUUCAAUCAAAAGUUUAAUCUUCUGCAGCAACUAUAGAAAAAAGUGUUGGUUUGUUCGGUAUGAUCUUCACCUUUUUCAUUUAAUUACACUACCUUACAUAUUUGUCCUUCAAAAUUCUAGCUUUUUAAAAAAACAAUCUUCCUCUUUUUUUAAGGCAGAAAACAACCUUUUUGUCCAAUUUUGCCACUUCACAGUCUUCAAGAUUUUGCUAGAAAAUUCACCAAAUUUGUUGCUAGAAAAAGAAGUUAACAUUUCUGUUAUAACACAAAUGCAAGAUCCAUCAUUUGUGCAACAGUUGAAAGCACCACAAUUUCCAGAACAAGAGCAACAACUAAAAUGCCCACGUUGUGAUUCAACUAACACCAAAUUCUGCUACUACAACAACUACAACUUAUCUCAACCUCGCCAUUUCUGCAAGAGUUGUAGGAGGUACUGGACUAAAGGUGGCUCUCUAAGGAACAUCCCUGUGGGAGGCGGUAGCCGCAAGAAUAAUAAACGUUCAUCUUUCAAACGUUCAUCUUCGGCUUCGGAUCAAAUCCCGUCUACAUCAUCUGAUCUAAUUGUGGCUACAGAGCCCAAACCCAUCCCGAUGGUAUCGUCCGAAAUCGGGACGGGUUUGGGCUUGCCAGCACCAGCAGAAGGAGGAGUAGGGAGCUUCACCUCCCUGCUGGGGCUAGCUUCGGAAGGACAGUUUAAUAAUCUGCUAUUGGAGGGUUUGGGUCGGAGUGGGUUGAGAUUGGGUCAGGAUGAUGGAACGGGCCAAAAUCCGGGCCUGGAGUUCAUGGGUGGGGUUCAGAAUGGAGGUGAUCAACAAUCAUGUUGGGGUGCUAAUAAUGCUUGGCCUGAUCUUGCUAUCUAUACUCCAGGUUCUAAAUUCCAGUAAAAACUAAAAAUGAAAGAUUAUCUUGGUCUUGCUUUAAUUUAUAGAGAGAAGAGAAGGUGAUUUUUCUUUGUUUUUUGGGUUUUGAUUAAUCAUCUAAAUAUAGGAGUUAAAUUCCUGGUUAGGGGAUUGUUUUAUGUAUUAAUGUAUGGUGGAUUAACUGCAAUUUCUGAUUUUAGAAGGUAACAUGUUAUUUUAGGAACAUGAGACAAAAACAUAUGGAUACGUAGUGUUAUUAUUAUAUGUGUAAUUGGUAAAUUGUGUGUUUUGUCAUACAAACUAUUGGUAUGAUGCUGGAUAUUAAGCUUAUACUUUUCUGAUGAAA